AUGAGGUGGUACCUGACCACAAUUUGUGCUUUUGGCACCUUCUUGUGCACACUUUGCGCUGCACAUCCAUCGCAGAAUUCUAAUUUGCUUGCCAGUCAGUCCAUUUUCCAAGUUCCAGCUGCUCUUCGAAAUGUGCUUCCCUACGAGAAUUUCAACCGCGAUGUUUCAACUACCUGGUGGGACACUGAGAUCCUCAGUGGCUCAUCGACUGCAUCGACACAAACGAUGUUCAAAAGUCUUGAGUCGGCGAGUUUCGUUGUCCUGAACGAGAAGUUCUUCGAGCUGCUUGGAGUGCAAGACUACACAUCAACAAAGGACAUCGAAACUAUCUUCGACUUCCCCGAGGGCCCUUCCUUUGCUGAACGUGUCGUACAUGAUGGAACAGUGUAUUCCCCAGAAUGUAAUUGUAUUUUCUUUGCAGAGCUGCACCCACCUAAGGAGGGAUACUCAGCAGACGCUAUGUCCUGGGUCUGGCGAACGAACCUGAAUGAGACUCCCCCAGUGACGGAAAAGGUUUACCCCUCACCACCUCUCACAAUGGCCAACGGGGCUUACUAUCAUAACGGCAGUGUGUACUGGGCACAGGAGGGAAAUUGGACUGUCCCCGGUGGAGUUGUUUGUAUGGAUCCAUUGACGCUGACGACCGAAGUUGUUUUGAACAACUUCUUCGGCCACCGUUUCAACAGCCUCAAUGAUAUCGUCAUUCAUCAGUCUGGCGUGGCGUACUUUACAGACGGCUACUACGGGUACGAUAACUUCAAUGACACUCUCAAGCCAGAACUGGCAAACGGUGUGUGGAGAUGGAAUAUGGAAACCGGUGAUCUUCGCGCCGUGCUUGGAGCAGGAGGGGGGCCUUUCACCAAUCCUAACGGUUUGGCGUUGAAUCCGGAGGAAGUCAAACUCUACAUCACUGACCGUGGCAACACUUCGGACAACCCCGCCGGAGGACGGACAAUCUACCAGUACGAUAUUAAAGCAUCAAAUACUGCAGCCUCUGGUGGAUAUGUCUUUGCCUAUGUUGAUGCUGGCUUUCCUGAUGGCAUCAAGCUCGACAAGGACGGGAGAGUAUAUGGUGCAGUGACUGGUGGGGUUCAUGUAUUCGACGCAGAUGGGACUUUCCUGGGUAUCAUCAAGGUUGCGAAUGGCGAUGUUGCCGUCAACAUGCAAUGGGUGGGAGACACAUUAUACAUAGUUGGGAGAGAGCAUUUGUAUCGAUGCCAUCUCAACACCACGGGAGCCCAGGUUUAUAGUAACAGGGCCUAG